AAAUUAUUAAUGAAUAUGGAAUCUCUACCAAAACAGUUCGUAUCAGCAAUGCGAACAUUAUUCGAUAUAAUGGAUGAUAAACGGACAGGGUAUGUAAACCUAACCGAUAUCGAAAACCGUUGGCGCGAUGAUCGCACUAAGGGAUUACCGCGAGGCGUCAUAGAAAGCCUUCAAAAGGUCGCCUCCCAUGAAGGAUUUUUAACAUUUGAAAAGUUUUGUACAGGCCUAAAAAUAUGCCUUCUACGAAAUCAAGUGCAAAAUGCGUCGAACAAACCAGAAAGAAUUAUUAAUGACGAUGUUGAAACUACAAAGUUGCACCCACCACUUAACAAUAAAGUCCAUCGUCCGCCAUCUGCUCCUUUAUUAGAUGUAAACGAUAAUCAAAAUAUUGAGAGAAAUUGGAAUGUCCUGAAAAAUCCAGAAGGUUCUUCUCAACAGAGAACUAUUAGUAUGCCUCAAUUAAUUGGAAGGAAAGAGAGUCCGUUACAAGAGCUAAGACAUCAUAAUGCUCUUACAAAUAUAUCAAAACACGAGCCGCCACACCGAGUGUAUCAUGGACCGCCAAAGCCACCAAGGCUUGAAAAGAGUGUAGCAGACAGGAAAGAAUCUUCUCGAACCGCUUACAAAUCGGAGGAGGAAAUAGGUUUUGAUAAUGAGGUAUUAAUAGCGGAUACUAAAAUGGAUUUUGAAGAAAUUUCGAGGACUGUGGAAGAACAAAGUAGAGGUCUUGGUGAUGGCCGCCCAUCUAAUGAAACUCAGUCUACCCUAAGGAGAACAUCACGACGAAGGGAACCUCGCAGACACACUUUACAUAAUGGUGUAGAUUAUAACCUUUUAAAGAGAAUGAAACAAAUUGAACAAGAAAAAGAUGUGUUGCUACAAGGGUUGACUGCAGUGGAGGAGGCUCGGGAAUGGUACUUAAAGCAGUUAGCUGAAGUUCAAGAAAAAAUGCGGUACGCGGGAAGGAUGGGCGCCUAUGUGGAACCAUGGAGUGAAGCUCAUCAAGAGCGCCUAGAGUUACUCAGAGCCAGAGUAUUGGAGCUAAACCGGCAACUGGGAUACUUGGCUGCCGGCUGGCGGCAUGGACAACUAUCUUUGCACAUGAACUUGGCGCUGCCGGCCGCGCCUCUACCUGGUGCCCCUGGGGCCCCCAAAAAUGCUUCCAUUCUACGGUCGCAGAAUCGUAUGCUGACCGAGGAAGUGAACUGCAAAAAUGAGAAGAUAUCCAUCUUGGAGAGGGAAAAAUCAGCGCUCAUAAGAGAACUUCUGCUUCAGAGAAACAGAUCUAAAAUGAUAGACAACUUUUCAUAAAAUUAUUCACACAUAAAAGUACAUGAUCAUAUUUGUAUGUAUUUAGUAGACCACACCCUUGGUAUAAUAAGCCACAUGUGAAAAUACCUCUAAAAUGCUUUUAUCACAAGAAAGUCAUACAAAUAAUACAAACUACAUGAAAAAAAUUAUGCAUAAGUAUAUGAAUAACUCUCCUAUUUAAGCAUAAAAAAGUUAUCAAGUAAUUUUGUUUAUAUUUAAAUUCAAGUUUUAAAUCUCAGUACUGCUUAGUACUACGGAUCCGGCGACGUCGCCAUGGUGUCCCGGAGAGACAGGGCUCUUAAUGUCAAGUUUGACAUGCUCUUGACCAUGUACAAAGAAAGUUUUGAUUAGUUUGCAUGCUAUACACUAUACAGUAAAGUUGUGACCUGUAAUAAAUUUUUAACACUGCAAAAUAUUUCAUGGUGCCAAGUUACUUUUAAAUACUUUUGCUAUAUUAUUACUUUCUAGUUACAUUUAUGAAAUGUAGAGCAAAUAUUAAUAAUAAUAACCAUAAAUUUGCAUAAUACAAUAGGAAACAACUGAUACUACUGUGAAAGUUUAUGCGAGGCGCUGAAAUUAUUUCUUCUGAACCAGAUCUUGUUCAGAUUUUACAUAUAAAUAACAAAAUGAAAACAUAAUGUUGUUCUCAUUUCAAAAUUAUGUAACAUUCUUUAUCUAGUUUCUAACAUUAUAAUACAAACAUAAUAUUCUUAUACAUACUACAUUAAUUUUAUAUAAAUAACUU